AUGACAACUGCAGGACUCGAGACAUUUUUUAACUCGAGCGCAUUUUUCUUCUUUGCUGUUAUCCUUUUCUGUCUCAUCCUCCUGACCCCAGCCGACGCCAUCUACCAGUGUUACGAGACCGGUCGACUCACGAAUAUCUUUUUCAUCACCGGUGCCUAUGUGAUCACAUUCUUUCUUGCAGUCCUCAUUUAUGCGACACGCAUAUAUACGAAUCGCAGCACCUUGGCGGGCAUUCCGAAAGCUUGGAUCCCUGUCGAGAAGGAAGACGUGAGCAAGAGUGUGAGGCAUAUGGUCAAGGAUGGAAUAGCCAAAAGUGUGGUUCUGGCAUACCAGGCUCGCCCGCGCGAUACCUCAGACGAACUCGGGAGCUUUCAAAAUCACAAGGAGCUUCUGAUCAACCUCAAGCACCCGCCAUGGGGUCGUGUUGAGCACCCUGGCUGGUCAUCACCCGCCUCGCCUGACCUACCCGAUCUACCAUAUCGGACUGUCGUCCAAGAACUACCCAACCUAAUCGAGGCGAAAGCCGUAUCACUCGCCCCUCCCGAUACAUUAUACCCUAUGAUGACCCCAAUCCCUUUGACCCGACUAGCGAAGUCGCAAUGGAGUCUUUACCAGAUAUGCGCGUGGUGGAAGUCCUUCAGCGACCGGUUUCUAUGGGCUUACGCCAAUAUAUCGGCCAUCUCACAUUUCUAG